UUUUUUCAGUUUUCCACAACACAAUUUCUAUGCCUCCGACCUACUUUCCUCUCCGUUGGGAGAGCACCGGCGAUCAGUGGUGGUACGCUACUCCCAUUGAUUAUGCUGCUGCCAACAGCCAGUACGAUUUAGUCCGUGAACUUCUCCGAAUCGACUCCAAUAACCUCAUGAAACUCACUUCCCUCCGCAGAAUUCGCCGCCUCGAGACUGUCUGGGACGAUGAAUCCCAGUUCCACGACGUCGCCGCCUGCAGAUCACGCGUCGCCAGAAAACUUCUCGCCGCCUGCGACGAAGGCGGCUCGCCGGGAUCCAAGAGGAACACCCUUAUCCGGUCUGGCUACGGUGGCUGGCUGAUGUACACGGCAGCCUCCGCCGGCGAUCUAGCGUUUGUUCACGAUCUCCUGGAGAGAUAUCCUCUGCUCGUGUUCGGCGAAGGAGAGUACGGCGUCACUGAUAUACUCUACGCAGCUGCAAGGAGCAGAAACGACGACGUUUUCCGUGUCAUUUAUGAUUUUGCGAUGAAGAACAGAGCGGUGCACUCUGCUUCUAGAGGAGGCAAUAUGAUCCUUCUCAAAGAACUUCUCUCUGAUUGCUCUGUUGAAAAUGUCUUGGCCUUCCGAGACAAACAGGGCUCCACAAUCCUCCACGCAGCCGCCGGAAAAGGAAAAACUCAGGUGGUUAGAGAGCUUGUGGCUUCAUACGGUUUGGUCGACGCUGUGGAUAACCAAGGGAACACGGCUUUGCACGUGGCAGCUUACCGUGGCCACGCUGAUCUUGUGGACGUUCUGGUCUCGGCUUCUCCAUCUUUGAUCUCCGCCAGAAACAACGCCGGAGACACUUUCCUUCACGCUGGAAUCUCCGGUUUCCAGACUCCAGCGUUCGAGAGGCUUGACAAGCACACUGAGCUCAUGAAUCGUCUGAUCACUUCCGCUGCCUCAAGGUCCCAAGGCGAUUUUGUGAAUUAUAGGAACAACGAGGGACGCACGGCUCUUCACUUGGCCAUCUCAGGGAAUGUUCCACUGGAGUUUGUUGAGAUGCUUAUGUCUGUGAAAUCGAUUGAUAUUAACAUUCGCGACAACGCUGGUAUGACUCCGCUUGAUCUGAUCAGGCAGAAGCCGCUGUCUCCAACGUCUGAUCUCCUGUUCCGACGGCUGGUAUCAGCCGGGGGGAUGCUCAGUUGUCGUGAUCAAAGCAUUACAAGUGUGGUCGCGUCUCACUUGAAGGACAGAGGAAACUUUUACAGCCCAGGAGCUCGUUUCAAGACAUCGGACGCUGAGAUGUUCCUAAGCACCAGACUUGGAGUUGCGCCUGACAAGACUGCUGUUUUGAUCCCUAGACACGUGAGAUCCAGCUCCUGUUCCAUUGAGAUUGGUCAUCUAAACGUGAUGGAUGAGAAUCAUCAUCUCAAGAAAUGCAGAAACGCUUCUGUUAACUCUACAACAGAGAGACUGAAGAGCGUUUUCCACUGGCCGCGAGUCAAGAAACAACCUGGCCAUUCCAAGAACAAUUCUGAGAUUAGCAUCAUUUCGACAACACUUGAGACGCAAGACACUCCUGUCCCUCUCCGUCAGAGAUUCUCAAAAAGCAGCACUUCGUCCCUUGAUCUGCCUAAUAAUAAUAAAAGAACGUUAGCGGUAAGAAGCAACCAGUCUAGUCCAAGAGCCAAGAAGAAACGGUUUGGGUCGGUGCGGUCGCGUUCUAGCUCAUUCUCGAAAAUAUCCAUCCACUCGUCUUCCACUUCUUCAACUUCGAGCAUGGUUGAUCUUAAACAGAAGGGAGUGUUGAUUGAUACGAGCAUAGCCGGACCAUCUGGAUUGAAACUGUCUGAGCCGGUGAAAAGUAAGUUAAGCGAGAAGCAGGGUUCGGUGAGGAGUAGAUUGAAGAGCCAUUACUUCUGCUUUGGUGCUUCAGCUUUGUCAGUGAAAACGCCGGCUACGGUCUUGGACCAAUCCUUUGAUCUGGAAGAUUGGCUUCCAAUCACAGCAUCACGAAAUGCCAAUUGGUAUUAUUCAGCUUUCCACAACGUCACUGCCAUUGUUGGUGCUGGUGUUCUCGGUCUUCCUUACGCCAUGUCAGAGCUUGGAUGGGGACCUGGAGUUGUGGUGUUGAUCCUGUCAUGGGUGAUCACGUUAUACACCCUCUGGCAAAUGAUUGAGAUGCACGAGAUGUUUGAAGGGCGACGGUUCGAUAGUGUGUGCAUAGUCUAUAUGGUGACUGGAGGUAAAUCCCUGAAGAAUGUACAUGACCUUGCUGUGGGAGAUGACAAGUGCACAAAGAUAAGAAUUCAACACUUCAUUAUGAUCUUUGCCUCUUCCCAGUUCGUGCUCUCCCUUCUUAAGAACUUCAACUCCAUUUCUGGUGUCUCCUUGGUAGCUGCUGUCAUGUCUGUCAGCUAUUCCACAAUUGCUUGGGUAGCCUCGCUGAGGAAGGGUGCCACCACGGGGAGUGUGGAGUACGGCUAUAAAAAAAGAACAACCUCCGUGCCGUUAGACUUCUUAAGUGCACUAGGGGAGAUGGCUUUUGCGUACGCAGGUCAUAACGUUGUUUUAGAAAUUCAAGCAACGAUCCCAUCAACACCAGAAAAUCCAUCAAAACGACCCAUGUGGAAGGGAGCCGUUGUAGCCUAUAUCAUUGUAGCUUUCUGCUACUUCCCUGUGGCACUUGUAGGGUUCCAGACUUUUGGUAACAAUGUUGAAGAAAACAUCCUCGAAUCACUUACAAAACCAAAGGCACUUGUCAUUGUGGCCAACAUGUUUGUGGUCAUACACCUCUUGGGAAGCUACCAGGUGUACGCAAUGCCCGUGUUUGACAUGAUCGAAUCUGUAAUGAUAAAGAAAUGGCACUUCAGUCCAACAACAGUUCUACGGUUUACCAUCCGAUGGACUUUUGUGGCCGCCACGAUGGGAAUAGCGGUCGGUUUACCGUAUUACAGCGCGUUGCUGUCAUUUUUCGGGGGGUUUGUGUUCGCGCCGACUACAUACUUUGUAAGCGGAUUAUUGCUCCUAAACUGCUGUUGAUAUAAGAAAAGAUCAAACAAACAAAAUAUAAUGAUGUUAUCUUUCAGAUCCCAUGCAUCAUGUGGCUGAUCCUAAAGAAACCAAAGAGAUUUAGUCUGUCAUGGUGUAUAAACUGGGUAAGUUGUA